AUGAGAGCAAAGAAGCAAAUCCUUUUGAAAUUAAGAGACACAAUCAAAUGCAUAACAGCUGUGAGAAAAUUAAAAGAUGAACAACUGCAGGAUCCUGAAAUAACUGAUCAUCGCACACGGAUUGUUGCACCCACACAUCUGUACGACAUGAACUACAAAACACUAGGAAAAUGCAUUAUUAUUAAUAAUAAGAAUUUUGAUGAUGUAACAGAAAUGAAUGCGCGUAACGGCACCGACAUUGAUGCUGGAAAUCUAUUCAAGUGUUUUAGCUCUUUGGGUUUCCACGUUAUUGUUUUAAACGACCAGACUUGUUCUCAGAUGAAAACAGUACUGCAGGAUGUUUCUCAGGAAAACCACAGCAACAAUGCAUGUUUUGCCUGUAUCCUUUUGAGCCAUGGCGAUGAAGGCAAGAUCUAUGGCACCGAUGGAGCAAUGCCCAUCAAGACCCUCACUUCUCUCUUUCGAGGUGACGUGUGCAAGACCCUUGUAGGGAAACCAAAACUCUUCUUCAUUCAGGCUUGUAGAGGUUCAGAAUUUGAUGAGGGAGUACAAACGGACUCAGGUUCCGCUGGCGAAGUAGAAACGGAUGCAAAUCCUCGAUACAAAAUCCCAGUGGAGGCUGACUCCUUGUAUGCAUAUUCUACUGUACCAGGAUACUACUUGUGGAGGAAUCCAGGCAAGGGCUCUUGGUUUGCACAGGCUCUGUGCAAUGCUUUCAAAGAAUAUGGGAAGGAUUUUGAGAUCAUGCAAAUUUUAACCAGGGUCAACUACAUGGUGGCCAUGCACUUUGAGUCUUGGUCUGAAGACCCGUGGUUCAGUGAGAAGAAGCAGAUCCCCUGCAUUGUUUCCAUGCUGACAAAAGAACUCUAUUUUAAGCAAAAAUGA